CCUCCCUAUUAAGCCUUGGGUAGCUUCAUCUCGAUCAGAGCUCACCGCUAUAUCGAUAGUCACUCAGUUCAUCAUAAGACUGGGCCUGGAGAUUCCAAAUGGGUGUUUGAGGUUGUGGGCAGGAUGUAGUCACUCUUCAUAAUGUAUAUACAGUUUGCCUGGCCACAUCUAGUGCUUUCUUCUAGUAUGAAUCCCCGUUGAGAGUCCCAUUAGAAGUGAGGAUGUCAUGCCCGGGCGAGUGAUGUUUUCUGCUCAAAAUCUGAUUCUCCGAGAGAUAAGUAUAAACUGAUCUCAAUUCGACGACUUGACAGAGAAUCUAUCUCCAGUUACAACAACUUCACCGUGUGGCGAGCUUUGCCCAGUUCUGUGAUACUGCUCCAGACUUUUGCUAGAUAGCCAGCGCAAGGCACGAACAUAAUUAUUUUGAAGCUGUCAAGUUUAUAUGUCUGAUUUCAAAGCGACAGGCUGCAGCUUGAAUUCAUAUGCUCGAUUCAAAAUUUGUCACAAAGCUCAAUUGCUAAGGCCACAUCCGGGAUAACAAAUUCAGUCUCAACAUGGGAAGGACAACUCAGCAAGGAUUUAUUGUGGGGAUCACGAUGGCGAUAGUUACAGUCACGCUUUUCAUUCUCGCCUUUAUGUUACUGUACUACUACCGACUACGGCGGCAGAGGAAACAGCUGACUUUGCACCCGCUUCCAGAAUCCGACAAUUCAGACAAUUCCAGAGAAGCGAACAACUUGUCCAUCUUGGUGCAUGUCUCUGCUUAGAUGAGGGUCAACUGCCUUAUGUACAUACUAUUUGCUUGACGGGUCCCCAUUGCGGUGAUAUGAUGUAGACAUGUCAUAUUGUUUGACUGCUUCACGGUUGUAGCCUUUAUAUUUAUAUGGGUUGGAGCCCUCGCAAUCAUGAUUAAGCCUGGGGAGAGUAUAGAGCGCUUAUAUCAAAGAUAUUGUCUUCUAGACUUCUAAUCCGCCAUUAUGUUGACAAACCUUCUAGUCUGUGAGUUCCCAUAAAUUUCUAGUCUCCUUCCAUUGCGAAGUCAUGUCCAGUUUCAGGCAAUGAUCCUCUUCACUCCGUUCCUGUCUGAAGAAUUUGAAUGUCAUUCACCAGUUUGCGCGUCAAGGAGAUGUGAAGGUGAAGUGUCGGCACUUUCGUCCAAGUUUGUAUUUUACAGAAUUUCGGGAUUCCAUACUAAUCCUCAGCCUGGUAAAGCGCGCACAACUUUCCUUGUUUCGUUCUUGUAUGUAUGUAGUAAUUGUGGUCAGCUAACGAGGAAAAAUCAAAGAGCUGCAAUGCAUGAAAGUAGAGGUCUGGAGUCUGGAGCUCGCUCGCAGCAGGCCCAACGAUCUGCAACCGAUGUUGUCUUUGCAAAAUGCAUCCGAAUUGUAACGUAGAUGUUUACAAAUACAGCAUCUGAAUGCAGAGUUUGUCGAGCUUGAGAGCAUCUAAUGGUUCUGA